AUGCCCGACUAUCACGACGAUGACAGCUCCGAGAGCCAACCCCUUCUGGAUUCCGAAGAAAGUGAAAUUGAGGAUGAGCCCUCUGUCCGCCACAGUACGCAAUGGGAAAGGCAUGUAGAACCGUCGUUAGCGACGGUUCAGCCUCAGGCUUUCGAAGGUCCCACCGUCUUUCGUCAACGAUUCAUCCGCCAAAUCCUUGGCUUGAACAAAACCUCCUAUUUUGCACUCUACAGGCAGUUGGAUGAUGUUGGCUCCAAGCUUAUUCUGGUUUUGGGCAUCGUAACUGCGAUUCUGGCCGGGCUGCCGCUUCCUCUGAUAGGUGUCGUGCUUGGGCGCAUUAUCAACAACUUCCCACCCAACCCAGACGAGCUGAAGCAUCUCUUGUUCCGUCUGAUGAGAACGCGCAUGGACAUGACCUACUAUGACACCGUCUCGCCUGAUCUUUCUAGUAUUCUCACAGAGAAGACACAGACCAUUCAACUCGGUACCUCGGAGAAGGUGGGCCUCUUCAUCGCAUCCAUAAGCUACUUCAUCUCCGCAUUCACUGUGGGUUUUAUGCUAAACGCAAAACUGACCGGAGUAAUGUUCGUCACGGUUAUACCUUCAAUGGCAUUCGUUGUCUAUUUCGGUACUAAACAAGUUUCCGAUCUCGCCAAGCAGGCUGCACAAUACACCGAGAAAGCUGCCUCGGUCGCUGAGAGUGCUAUCCGCGCAGUACAGAUCGUGCAGGCGUUUGGCCUGUUCGAGCAGCUUAGCGAGGAACACGUUCAUCACCUUCGAUCUGCCUUGCGGGUUGGAAUCCGGAAGAGCGUUGCAGGAGCUGUCAUGCUUGGCUCGGUUUACUUCGUUGCAUAUGCGACCAACGCACUUGCUUUCUGGUACGGUGAUCGCUUAAGAGACGGCAGCGCUGAGGCUGGUACCAUCUAUGCAGUCGUCUUCCUCAUACUAGACGCUUCUUUCGUCGUCGGGUCAUUUGGUCCAUUCAUUCAGACAUUUGCAAUGGCCGCCGCCGCUGGGGCUGCGGUAAUGGAUGUUCUCGAUCAUCCCACAUCCGAUAUCGAUGUCUAUUCCCCAAAGGGAAAGCCGGCGGACAGGACACAUUUCGAACAGGAUCUGGUGCUUUCAUCGGUGUCAUUUGUAUACCCAGCUCGUCCUACUGUGCGAAUCCUCGACAGUAUCAAUUUACGCAUCAAGCCUGGGCAAGUCACGGGUCUAGUUGGACCGUCCGGUUCGGGAAAGUCUACUAUUGCAUCCCUGCUUUUGAGGCUCUACGAUCCAACUUAUGGCGCCGUAAACCUCGGCAACGACAACUUGAAGUCAUUCAACGUCCACAGCCUGCGGACACACAUCGCACUCGUCACUCAAAAUCCGGUUCUCUUCACUGGAACAAUACUGGAUAAUAUCAAGCAUGGUAUCCCAAGUGCCGAAAGAGAACGAUUGACUGAAGACGAGAUUCUUGCUCGGUGUGAGGCGGCGGCGACAGAGGCAUAUUGUGAUUUCCUAGACCGACUUCCUGAGGGCAUACACACGAAAAUCAGUUCCGGACCCCAGUCUCAACUUUCCGGAGGCCAAAAGCAACGUAUAACCCUCGCGCGUGCGCUUGUGGGUAACCCGUCCCUGCUUUUACUGGACGAAUUCACAAGUGCCAUGGACGGUACAAGUGAAGCGAUCGUUUUGGAAAAUCUACGUCGUUCUUCAGCCAACGCCAACCGAACCACCAUCAUAAUUGCACAUCGUCUGGCAACUGUUCGAGAUGCUGAUCGUAUCGUGGUCAUGAAAGACGGAAGUGUAGAAGAAGACGGGCGCCAUCAAGAUCUCCUCAAAAAGAACGGCAUCUACGCAGAGCUCAUCAAAGCACAACAAUUCGAAAAACCGCGGCCUUCAGCAACUUCAUCGAUUCGAUCUGCUGCCAGCUCUACGCACAAAGAGCAUGGAGAGUCUUCAGGCGAAUCAAACAAUGCCUCCCGGCCGGUUUCAGCAUCACAAACCGACGCGCCAAAGAUGAGUGCUUUGACAUUAAUUCGCAGAUCGUUGGCAUUGAGCCGCCGUGAAACGCCAGCUAUAAUUGUCGGUUUGAUCUCCUCCGUCUUCAGUGGUGGAGUCAUUAUCGGAGAGGCGCUCAUAUUUGGCAACUUGGUUGAGCUCUUGAAUGACACGUCCGGCUCGGACGAUCUCACGAGGAGAAUAUCUUUCUACUGUUUGCUUUUCUUUGGACUGGCAAUCAUCGCUCUAACUUCACACUCUUUCGGCAAAACUGCUUUCGGCAUGGUCUCCGAAAACCUUACCUUACGAGUCCGAGAUCUAUCUUUCCGGACUAUCUUGCAACAAGACAUUGCCUGGUUCUCUAAGCCUGGUCAUUCUCAUCACGCUUUAAUGUCGCGUCUGAACUCUGAUAGCGGCAGUAUUAGUGGUCUAUCUGGUGUCAUACUCGGAACCGUCUUCUCCAUUGCGACGUCUGUUCUUGGCGGAAUUGUUCUGGCCCAUAUUGUGGCAUGGAAAAUCGCCAUUGUUCUACUGGCGGCUGUACCUGUCAUGCUUCUAGCUGGAUUCCUGCGCCUUCGUAUCUUGGCUAUGGCCGAAGAGCAUCAUCAGACGGCUUAUAAUGACGCUGCAGCCCUCGCUUCCGAAGCCACUUCUUCUAUGCAGAUCGUUGCAGUUUUUGGCUUGGAAUCGCACUUCCUGGAUGGUUACCGAGAAGCAAUCAGAAAGCCAUACGAGGAGCACCUCAGGUUCAGCGUGCUUGGCAACAUCUUACUCGCCUUUUCACUCUCGGUCACAUAUUUCGUCUACUCUUUGGCGUACUGGUGGGGGUCUAAACAAGUGCGCAACGGUAACUAUAGUCAACGAGAGUUCUUCAUUGUACUCCCAGCGCUUCUUUUUUCUGCACAAUCCGCAGGUCAGCUCUUCAGCUUGGCACCCGAAAUAACUCGGGCCAAGGCCGCAGCGCAGAAUGUAUUCUCUCUACAUGACGAGAAGCCGUCGAUCAUCACAGAUUUGAGGCCUUUGGAAUCCGCUACCACCACUGCAUCCAAUGAACUGGAGUUCCGUAACGUCAGUCUCUACUAUGAGAGUCGGCCUAAUGUUCCCGCCUUGAACAACGUCUCAUUUCAGAUUCGCCAGGGCGAAAACGUAGCCUUUGUCGGUCGUUCCGGCGCUGGAAAGUCGAGUACGAUUCAUCUGAUAGAGAGAUUCUUCGAUCCAAAUGCUGGACAAGUGUACCUUGAUGGGCAAGACAUACGCCAAGAACCCGUUCGAAACCAUCGUGCUCGCCUAGCACUUGUGGAGCAAGAGCCAGAUCUCUUUCCAGGCUCCGUAAAGUUCAAUAUCGGACUGGGCGCUCGGCCAGGUACCGCAGUCGCCGAUGAAGAUAUACAACGGGUGGCCAAAGAAUGUGAGCUUCACGACUUCAUCAUGAGCCUUCCAGAGGGCUACAACACGGAAGUCGGUGCACAUGGCUCCAAACUCUCAGGCGGUCAGCGCCAACGCCUUGCUAUCGCCCGAGCUCUCAUACGUGAUCCCGAGAUCCUACUUCUCGAUGAAGCGACAUCGCAGCUGGACGCCAAUACCGAGCGCGACAUCCGAACGGCUAUCGCCGCUGCCUCCAAAGGACGAACUACCAUCAUGAUAGCACAUCGAUUAGCGAGUGUGCAAUAUGCAGAUCGUAUCUUCGUGUUUGAUGGCGGUCGUAUCGUUGAGCAGGGCAGACACGAUGAGCUCGUAGCCAUGGGAGGCAUUUAUGCUGCCAUGGUCGCAACACAGGAGCUGGAUUAG